AUGGGUUAUAUCACAGAGAAAGGUAGAAAGAAUCUACCUACUUAUACAGGUGGAAAUACAAUCGAUAAAUCAUUACUCUACAAAUAUAUAGUUUCACCAUCUUGUAAUGUUACAGCAACAGGAUUCGUAUGUAACUUUAUAGCAUUGUUUUUAAUGUCGUCUUACAUGAGACCAGUUAACGAUGGUCAAGAGCCAGUUGACGAUUCAAGUUUUAGAUGGGUUCACUUCAUCUCUGCAUUCUUUAUAUUCUUUUAUGUCAUGAUGGACAACAUCGAUGGAAAACAAGCUAGAAGAACAAAGACAUCCUCUCCAUUGGGUGAGUUGUUUGACCAUGGUUGUGAUUCAUUCACUGUAGGAUUGGCAACAUCAGUAGUUGGAUUAUCAGUUGGAUUAUCAUUCUGGGAGAUAUUGUUUACAUUCAUUCUCUCUACCAUUCCAUUUUAUUUGGCACACUGGGAGGAGUAUUUCACUCACCAGCUGAUCUUGGGAAUGUUUAACGGACCUACAGAGGCAGAGUUUAUCGUUAUCUUAUUCUGUUGUAUCUCUGGUGUAUUUGGCCAACAGUUUUGGUUCCAACACGUCACUAUCGCAGAAAACACAUUCCAACUAAAGGAAUUGAUGUUCUACGUCAUGUGUUUGUCAUCGCUGAUCACCUCAUUCCAAAGUAUCUACUCUGGUUGCAAGAAAGCAAUCGAUAUGAAAAUAAGUCUCAUCACUGCAUUCUCACAACUCUUACCGUUCACAUCGUUCCUCUACCUCGAAUUCCUUUGGAUCAUCGUAUCGCCACAGUUAUUCCUCGACUACCCAAUCCUUCAUAUUCUAACCUUAACUUUUAUUUUUUCAUAUCUUUCAUGUCGUUGUAUCGUACAAAGAAUAUGUUCCGAAGAUUUUAGAUUAUUCUAUAAACCAUUGAUAUUCUUGGUAUUUUCAGUUGCCAAUUCCAUUGGAUUAAAAUAUUUUGGUUUUGGAUUGAUGGAAGAAAAGUUUGCAUUGUUUUCAUUAUUUACAGUCAGUUUAGUCUUUAUUUCACAUUUUGUUGUUAAAAUCAUUGGUGAAAUGUGCAAUGAGUGUUUGUAUUUACUUUUAUUAUUAAUUAAGAAUGGUUUGGUCACCAAUGAAGACCGUCAAUUUAAAGCAGAUGUUCUUGUUCAAGAUGGUAAGGUUGUAGAUAUCUUCCCAGAGGGUAGCAACUACAAGCUGCCAAGCAACGAUAUCCCUGUAGUAGAUGCAACUGAUAAACUUGUCAUUCCAGGUGGUAUUGACCCACAUACUCAUUUACAAUUACCAUUCAUGGGAACUGUUGCAGUAGAUGAUUUCGAUAUUGGUACACAAGCAUCUAUUUCUGGUGGUACUACAUUCAUCAUUGAUUUUGUAAUUCCUGCAAAGGGUCAAUCAUUGCUGGAAGCAUAUCAUCAAUGGAGAAAGUGGGCUGAUGAAAAAGUAAAUCAUGAUUAUUCAUUGCAUGUUGCUGUAACAUGGUGGAGUGAACAAGUCGCAAAGGAAAUGGAAAUUCUUGUAAAGGAUUAUGGUGUCAAUAGUUUCAAGGUUUUCAUGGCCUACAAGAAUUCUUUUAUGGUUACCGAUGAGGAGAUGUAUCAUAUCUUCCAAAAGUGCAAGGAGUUAGGUGUUUUGGCACAGGUUCAUGCUGAGAACGGUGAUUUGGUACACGAAGGUCAGAAGAAGAUGCUAAAGAUGGGUAUUACAGGUCCUGAGGGUCAUGAGAUGGCCCGUCCAGAGGAGUGUGAAGCCGAGGCAACGCUUCGUGCAAUCACCAUUGCCAAUCGUGUCAAUACACCGGUGUACAUCGUCCACGUGAUGUCAAAAUCGGCCGCACAUGUCAUUGUAAAUGCUAGAAAGGAAGGAAAGCGUGUGUUUGGUGAGCCAAUUGCAGCGGGUCUUGGUGUCGAUGGUUCGCAUAUGUUCAACUGCGACUGGAGACAUGCUGCCGCUUUUGUUAUGGGUCCACCACUGAGACCCGAUCCAACCACCAAAGACGUCCUGAUGGAUCUGUUGGCGAGUGGCGACCUCCACUGUGUCGGAACCGACAAUUGUACAUUCUGCGAAGGACAAAAAGCAAUGGGUAAAGACGAUUUCACCAAGAUUCCGAACGGUGUCAACGGUAUAGAAGAUCGUAUGGCUAUAGUUUGGGAUAAAGGUGUCAAUAGCGGCAAGCUGACUGCAUGCGAUUUUGUUAGGGUGACAAGUUCCACCGCUGCCAAGAUCUUCAAUGUCUAUCCACGUAAGGGUAGGAUCGAGAUUGGAGCAGACGCUGACAUUGUCCUCUGGGAUCCAAAGGCAACCAAAACCAUUUCCGCCAAGACUCAUCAUCAGGCCGUUGACUUUAAUAUCUUUGAGGGUAUGAAAGUAACAGGUUUGGCACAAACUACCAUCGUAGCUGGAAAGGUUGUUUGGAAUAACGAUAAGCUCUCAACAGUCAAAGGAAGUGGUAAGUUUGUUCCACGUCCACCAUUUGGAAUGGUAUUUGAUGGAAUCGAUACAAGGGACAAAGUACGUAAUGAGCUUUUAAGAAAAGUUGAAAGAGCUCCAUAUCAACCACCAAAAAAUUAA